AUGUCUGUACCGCGCCUCAUCACCCGUUUCCUCCGUCCCUCGACGACAACUUCCAAACUCCCCUCCACCCACACCUUCGGCACCACAACUAUUCGCAACAGCGACCAUGAAAACGACAAAAGGCUACGCCCCGACUUAUCCACCGCCCCCGAACACCGCAAGGGCCAAACCUCCAAGCCCGCCAACCAAGCAAUCCCCAACACCACGUCCACCAUGACCGACGACUACCCGAAAGUCGGCGCGAAGAGCGCACCCCCGGAGAUGCUGAGCUCGGUCGAUCCGAACUACAAGCCUGCGGAUCCGUAUCCCGGGCGGGUUGAGCAUUUCACGGGCGGACGGCAAAAGUCUGGGGCGCAGAAGCCGGAGCUCGGGGUUGGGGAGAUGGAGGGCAUUACGUUCAAGGUUGAGCCGUUGAAGAGGAAAGGGGAGGAUUCGGCGACGAUGAGGGCUAGGCUGCUGUAUCAGAGCCGCAAACGUGGAAUUCUUGAAUCCGACCUUUUGCUCUCCACCUUUGCUGAUGUCUAUCUCCCCGAGAUGACGACCAAGCAGCUUGAGGAAUAUGAUCGCUUCCUCGACGAGAACGACUGGGACAUCUACUACUGGGCCACGCAGGACCCACCUGCCGAGUCUGCAGCUACUGACGGCCAGCUCGCGGAACAGCAAACGCAAACCCAGGACACCGUGACGGAGACCUGGAAGCGUACGGGAGCUAAGAGCGGCGAGUGGGCGCAGACACAUGGCGCCUUUAGGGCUGCUUAUCGGCCUGUUCCAUCGAGAUGGGCGGACUCGGAGGUUUUGGGGUUGUUGAGACAGCAUGUGAGAGAUAAGAGCGCGAAGGGGUUUGAAUCUGCGAAGAACAAGAAGACUGCUGGUGGGGGAUUGGGGAGGAUGCCGAAUAUCAAGGUGUUUUCCUGA